AGCUACAACGUUAUGACUUACAGCAGGGCUAAUGUAUAGGUAGCCAUGCAGCAGCAACAACAGCGGCACGCCGCGCUCAGACCCUGCACACAUCCAUCGCGCGUCGCAGCACGCCGUUUCAUCAGCGUGCGGGCCAAGGCCAGCGCGACUGACUCUUCUAGCCAUACCAAGAAUGUUUUCGUAUUUGGGCUCGGCUAUACAAGCGUGGCACUCGCCAACUGGCUCGCGAAGGAGGGCUGGUCCAUAAGCGGAACGUGCAGAUCGGAAGCACGAGUCGCUGGCCUGCGCGCGAAGGGCUGGCACGUCGAGGGCUACGACCCAGGGCGCGGCUCAACGCUGUCGCCGGAGCUGUCCGCGCGGCUGGCUGACAGCCCCUACGUGCUCAGCAGCAUUCCGCCCGUCGCUCUGGCCCUUUAUGACCCGGCGCUAUCGGCUCAGAAGUCGUUGUUGCGGCCGCUGGCCGCUGGCGGGCGGCUGGCAUGGUUUGGCUACCUCAGCAGCACUGGCGUGUACGGCGACUGGCAGGGUGAAUGGGUGGAUGAGAGCUCGCCCUGCCGCCAGACCAGCUCCAAAGCCAUCGUGCGGCAGGAGGCGGAGGCGGCGUGGCAGCAGAUGUGCGAGCAGCACGGGCUGCCCACACACAUCUUCCGACUGGGAGGCAUUUACGGACCGGGUAGGAGCGUGCUCGACUCGCUGCGGUCUCAGCCGGCGGACCUGUCCGCCAGCCAGGAACGCCGCGGCCGCCAGCGCUACACCGCCCGAUGCCACGUGUACGACAUAUGUGCCGUACUAAAGGCCAGCAUGGCCGCGCCGCGGCCUGGUGCCGUUUACAACAUUGUUGAUGAUGACCCCGCGCCGCGUGGCGAGGUGAUGGAGUUUGCGCGGCGCCUUGUGGCCGGCGACAGCGGUGGCGGCGCAGCGGUGGCGGCAGCGGGGCCUGAGGCCGCAGUAGAGGCGGAGGCGGCAGGGCAGUCGCCAUCGGGUUCAGGGCACGAGGCGGCGGCGGGUGGCAGCGAGGCUGCUGGCAGCGGGGAGGGCGACAGCAGUGGCGGUAGCGGCCGGAGGCGCGACGGCAGCGGGGCAGAGCGGUUGGAAGAGAAGCGGGUGCGGAACGGCCUCAUCCGUCAGGAGCUGGGUGUCGUGCUGCGCUACCCCACCUACCGUGAGGGUGUGGCGGCGUUGCAUGGUGGCGACUGUUGGCCCCUCACACCCGAGGACCUGGUGUUGCUUUAGGAUAAACACUCUUGCUGGUGGAGGCGGCGGGAGCAAGCUUCGCCGCCAUAGGGGCUGCAGCGUGUUUGUUGGCGGGUGGUGGUGCGUGGAGUGGUGGUGCGUGGAGUGGUGACCGGCACGGUGCACAAGGUCGUGGAGUGAUGGACGUUGUCAUAUAGGAUGUAACAAAGAGAAAGG